CAUUUCAGCAGUGCGCAUGCUCAACACUUGGCUUGUUUUAUUUAACCCCUCUGGAAUUUUGUUUGGUCUGCAGCAUGGUUUCUACUGUAGCCGGCGAGGAAUGUGUUUCCAUGAGGCAGUGAAGAAGAGCCUUUCAUUAGCACUGAGUGAGAGAGGGACCAAGCAAAGGCCAUGGCCGGGAUAUUCGACAUUGAUUUGGAUCAGCCGGACGAAAAUGAAUCUGACGACGAACUCGAGGAUGGGAUCCAAAUGAGCGAAUGCAGCGGGUUCGAAUUUAACAUGGAUGACUGUGAAAAGUUUGAAAUCUCUGAAGACAGCGUCAACAAAGGAACGGAGCAGAUUCGUCCGGAAUGCUUUGAGUUGCUCCGGGUUUUAGGAAAAGGAGGCUAUGGAAAGGUUUUUCAAGUUCGUAAGAUGUUGGGUGCCACUUCGGGAAAGAUCUUCGCCAUGAAGGUCUUGAAGAAGGCCAUGAUAGUGCGUAACGCUAAGGACACGGCUCACACCAAGGCAGAGAGGAACAUCUUGGAGGAGGUGAAGCACCCGUUCAUAGUGGACCUCAUCUACGCCUUCCAGACGGGGGGCAAGCUGUACCUCAUCCUGGAGUACCUCUCUGGUGGGGAGCUGUUUAUGCAAUUGGAAAGAGAGGGGAUCUUUAUGGAGGACACAGCGUGCUUCUAUCUGGCAGAGAUUUCCAUGGCUCUGGGACACCUGCAUCAGAAAGGCAUCAUCUACAGAGACCUGAAGCCAGAGAACAUCAUGCUCAACAACAACGGUCAUGUCAAGCUCACAGACUUUGGCCUGUGUAAAGAAUCAAUCCAUGACGGCACGGUUACUCACACCUUCUGUGGCACCAUAGAAUACAUGGCCCCAGAGAUCCUGAUGAGGAGUGGACACAACCGGGCUGUAGACUGGUGGAGCCUGGGAGCUCUCAUGUACGACAUGCUGACAGGAGCACCACCAUUCACUGGAGAAAACAGGAAGAAGACCAUUGACAAAAUCUUAAAGUGCAAACUGAACCUGCCACCUUACCUCACACAAGAAGCUAGGGACCUUCUCAAAAAGCUGCUGAAACGCAAUGCCUCGUUGCGGCUGGGGGCAGGCCCAGGAGACUCCUCAGAAAUCCAGAGCCACCCGUUCUUCAGGCAUAUUAACUGGGAUGAUCUUCUCGCUCGCAAGGUGGAGCCUCCAUUCAAGCCUUUUCUGCAAUCAGCUGAUGAUGUGAGCCAGUUUGACUCGAAGUUCACCAGCCAGACUCCCGUGGACAGCCCUGAUGACUCCACGCUCAGCGAAAGUGCCAAUCAAGUCUUCCUGGGUUUUACGUAUGUUGCCCCCUCCGUCCUCGAAAACAUCAAGGAGAAAUUCCCCUUCGAGCCAAAAGUCCGCUCACCAAGAAGGUUUCUGGGAAGCCCAAGAACACCAGUGAGCCCAGUGAAGUUUGCUGGGGGGGACUGCUGGCCCCGGGCCCUCACCCAGGCUGGAACCUCAUCCCUUGGGGGUUCUGGGUCUGGAGACCAGCCGAUGGAGGUUGGUAUGGAGCAGAUGGACAUGGGCUCCAAUGCUGCCGAGGUGUCUGCCCCCCUGCCUAUCAGAAAGCCCUCUGGCAACACCACCACAGGUGGCCCCUUCAAGAAGCAGGCCUACCCCUACGCCAAACGGCCCAAGCACCUCCAGAUGAAUCUAUGACACUGCUCCAUCAAGAGCUUCUCUUUCCUAAAUCCUCCUCCAUUCACUUCUUUUUUUCUUUUAAAAGACUUAUAGAAAUUAAAGAAAUGACUGACGUACCGUCUGCACCGAUCACCAGCUCCUCCAGACGCACCUUCCAUCCCUGCCUCCCUCCCCUUCUCUCCCUGGUUGGGCAGCUUGGCAGCCACACAGGGCAUUCUACCCUAGCAGAUAUGACAAACUAUAGGAGCCUCCUGUUAGGGAGAGGAGGAACUAGGGCGAGAACUCCCUCCCACCAAUUAGAGCUUUAGUCAGACAGCAAGAGGUCUUGACUACUUCCUUCAGCCCUGUAGAGUAUAGCUGGAGGAAGAGAUGAGAGCAGUGCUGCUAGAUGCUGCUGCUUGAUUCCUGUGUGCUCCACUGGGCUGGCUUCUCAUAUGACAUACUGGUGCUUUGUACUUUAGGUGGGUGGGGACAGACAGUGUUACUCCUGAUGCAGCAGUGCUUUCCCUCACCAGGAGUAAGACGUUAUUGAUUAAUGAAACUGGGUAAUAGACUUUUAAAGGCUGAGAGUGUGGAGAUGAUUCCCCCUUAAAUGCCUCUACUUCCUUUUUAGAACUUGCUGAUGAGGGGUUACAGAAUACAUUGUAGAUGAAUACAGUAGAUGGAAUAAAUCACAAUGGCACAAUGUACACAGAACACAAUAUUCACUGUAGACUCAGUUAUCCUGCUAUAGUGUAUUACAUUGUUCCAUUUAAAAAAAAAUUAUGGAAUCAACAAUGCCUUUUUUUCUGCUUUGUCACUUGAACAUCCUGUCAGGAUAAAUCUUGUAGAACAUGUCUGGGCCGUGUUCAGUAUGUAGAAAACGUAUUGACACUGAGUGAAACAGGAAGGUACAACCUGAACUCGUCCAAUGAGAACACAGAUUUCCAUGACCCCUACUGAACAUGACCAUGAGCCGUGUUCAGUUGCCAAGCGUUGUUGAACGUUGCAGAUAGAAAUGGCAUGAAUAGAGCUGGCAUGAUUCCUUGUUCUACAUAACACAUUUCUAUCUGAAUGUUGUGUCCUGCUGAAUGCGCCCCACGUGUGGUGACACUGAUGGAGGGGCAGCUAAAAACACAAUGUAUACUAUUUCAGCUGAAUGCAUUACCUCCUGCCCCACUUCUCCUUCAAUACCAAAUGCUGACACUGCUUUACCAGUCUGACUGGAUCUCUCUAGGUAGAUGGAAAACCUGUAUGUAUGUAUGUAGUACGUUUUUGCGUUGAAUGUAAACUGACUAAAGGCCUUUUCGAGUGUCACUUACUCAGAUGACCCACAUGAGUUCUCCACGAUUAUGAUGCAUGCAGGUUUAUUAUAAUAUUAUGGACCUAUUCUUUUUGGGCGUCUGCCAAUUUGUGAUUGUCAGAGACCAACCGAGAGCUUGUCUUUUUGAAUUGAAAGAAGCAAAGCAUUGAGGCCAAAUUCUCGUCACCACUGCCUUUUUAGUGUUUAGCCAAUCGCCAGGUUACAUUUGUCUAAUAAUGUACCUGGCUAGGUGCUUCAUGGAUGCUUACCUCAGUCUUUAUGCAGCCUUGGUGAUAUCAGUGGGGAUAGUACCUCUCUACUCUGAUUCCAUUUUAACUAGGGAUUGUUUGAAAUGUGGUGUGACUUGAAGCUUAUGUAUGCAUGUAUGUGGUCUUUAACUGUCUGAGCCUCUGGAGAAAAGCCAUUUGAUCCUCCUCUUCCCCAAACAGGAACAUUUGUCAAAUUAAUAAUAAUCCAAUCAUAAGGUUCUGUCUAGAUAAAGGUAGCAUGCUGCCUGAGACCUUUAAAUUCUUCCUUUCUGCCUGAAGAUGUAACAGAAUAUUUGCUCCAGUGAGUUUAGAUACUGUAGUUUCCCUCCCACCAUGGAUCUAUCAGAUUCACACAUUCACAUAGCCAAGAGAACGGUCAUGUUUAACCGUGUGUGUUAUUUGAUCAACUUGAAAAUAUGCCUAAUUCAAUAAGCAAACAAUUGUACUAGUCUGUAGAUUUUUGAACCAGGCAGUUUAUUUGGUUUGUUCUCUGGAAUCUGUUUGGCCUACCCCAUGACUGAUUGGUGUGUGGCCCUCUACAAACCUAAGUCCUUUUCAAUGCAAUUGAAUACUAUCUGGGUGAAUGUGUAUCCUGACAAAGGAUUUCCUAUUCCAAGACUGAGGUUUAUUAAAAUAUACAUUAUCACCGCCCUGUGUCUGCUUGUCAGUGAAGGAAUGGACAAAGUGCUUUGGCUUCAGGUUCCAUUGGAGAGGAUGUAUGGUGUGCUUCAGAGCAACUUUCACUCCCACAUUGACCAUGGCUUACCUUUUAAAUCUAUUUUUAACAAUCAACUUCUAUGGUGAUUUAUUUAUUUUAAGUGCCAUUCUAUUUUUUCCACUGCAUCAGUCACACUAUGCAAACAAUGUAUUUAUUGUAUAUUCAGUUGUAAGGUCAGGCACACAUGGAUCUUUGUAAAUGACUGCAUUACGUUUAACAUUUAUUUAUUUGUGUGUAUGUGGUUAUUUCCAAUGAAUCUCUUUUGAGAAACCUCAAAAUGCAGCAGUUAAUUCUUUAUUCCAAACUAAGAACAAUGUCCUAAAUGUCUAAGAAUAGGUAAGGUGCAAAAUAGAAAUCUGUACGAGGGACAAGUUCAGAAAGUAACUUUUGGAUCAUCUUCUACCGGCUUCUUUCAUUCUGAAAACUUUAACACGAUGCCUGCAGAGUGUUGGAAACAUGGGCAGUUUAGGUGUGUGUGUGUGGUGAAAAAUACAAAAAAGUCACUAAUACAAAAACUAAUGUGGGGUUGGGGAUGUGCCUUUCUUGAAGAAAUUACAACUUGUAUGUAUUUGCAGAUGUGUAUGGAAUGCAAUUGAAACAGAGGAAGAUGAUUGGACCAUGUGUUUCUCUCUAGUGGUAUAGGGUCUUUGAAUGAUGAAGUGGUUUUCUGUGCUCCUCUAACCUGUUGACACAGAAAUGAUCUGAGUGUGAUUUCUCUCAAGUGGUUUCGUAGCUUGAGGACCUUUUUAUAGUUCAGUGUUCAACUGAAAUAAAAUGAGUGAGCCUUUGGGAAUAUGAUUGAUCAACUCAUUAGAAGAGUGCUGCAAACAGUUAAGCAGAGUCAAUAUUUCACCCAUAUAUUUAUUCCUUGACAUUUCAGUGGGUUUGGAUCUUGAUUUGUAAUAUGUAAGUGGAUGGAUGCCAACAAAAUAAAAAGCAUUACUGAGUUGAA